AAGUAGAUCAUGAUGUAUGAAUAUGCAUGAGUCUCAUAAAUUAGCCUGUCAGCCACCUUUCCUGAUCACUGCACAAUGGAAUGUCAAUUGUCAUCUCAUGAAUUAGCCUGUGAGCCACCUUUCCUGGAGGAGCACUUAAGUAUGAAGGUCAUUGCACAAUGGUAUGUCAAUUGUUCAUUGCAUGCAUUAGUGUCAUAAACCAGAAGAAUGCAACUUGCUUUAAUAUAGACUGACUAUAACAGUCAUACAGUUAGGCUAGCUAUAAAAAUGCAUCCCAGUGCAGAAUGUAUUUACUUCUUGUCUUUCUUUAUUGGUCAAUCUUUUGAUCUGAUUGGUCAGAUCGGAAUUCCGUCCUAUAGCGAUGUGAGGAAAGGCGGCUGAUUCAUGAGACUUCUCUGCUGUACCUGACUAUAUAAAGUACGCUCUUUGGAGCUUUCUUCACUCUCAGAGAUUUCAAGAUAUCUUCAACAACAAAGGACAAGAAAAGCCAACAGAACGAAAUGAAGUUGCUGCUGCUUGUGGUUUGCUGUAUGAUUUCCACAUCACUAGCUGGUCUGAUUGACAAAGAGGCUAAACUGGAAACUGUGCUCAAUGAAGUUGAAGAGAUAUUGCAAGACCUGAAAGCUGAUGAUGAUAAGCCUCAUCCCGAACCAAUUGGAGACAUUCAAAAACUUGAGUCGCUGAUCAAUGAUCGUGAACUUCAGAAUGGAGCAGUGAUCGAGGGAGAUAUUUCACCAAAGCCAUCUCACAAACAAGACUCACAAGAGAGUCCUGCUGCCAUGGAGGAGAUGUUGCUUCACACUGAGAACAUUGACGAGGCAACUGCUGAAGUGGAAGCUGCUGGGGGCUACGUUCUACUUCAACUUGGUCACAACCUCUUGGUUGCAAAAGUCCCAUCUCGUGUAGCCAAGCAGAAUAGCUUCAGUCAUGCUUCAGUCCAUAUUUCGAGCUCAGCAUCAGUGGAAACUUUGAGCCAUGCUAAUGCCUACUGGAUGGCACGAGAAGAUGAGCUGAAACCACAACCGAUAAUUCAAAAGUGGACAGAAAGAACGGCUCCAAUGGCCUUUAAACGAGAAGAUUCAGACGAAAGUUUUCAGGGAGAUUCACCAUACCGCCAAACCAUGACUGGGAAGAUUGCGUAUGCUAUUCUUGCUGCUUCCGGUCCUGGUAACUUAGCAAUAAGCGAUAGUGAGUUUCAGAAGAUUAAAAGUGAAUGCAUAACAGGGCUUAAAUUCUGGUCAGAACAAGCUCAGAAAAACGGGGUUAGUUUGUCGUUUGUGAUGUAUUAUGGGAAGGCAACAAUCAGUGCUCCCAACCCAACCUAUUGCUCUAGCUAUGCAUCUUGCCACAACGUGUUUGCUGAUGCUACACUCCAAGCUUUUAAAUUCUCGACUGGUCAAGCUGGAAAAGACCAAGUAGCACAAUAUAUGAAAGACGGUGCUAAGGCUGAUGGUGCUUUCCUUGCUUUCUUCUCCAAGUACAGACAAAGUCAUUUCGCGUAUGCCUAUUUUGGUGGCGGACCUCUAUACAUGCAGUACAGCAAUGACGGUUGGGGCUCCGAUCAGAUUGACAGGGUUUUCGCUCAUGAAGUUGGACAUGUUUUUAACGCUCCUGACGAAUACACAAAAUGUAAGUGCUACACAAAUUACGGCAAGGGAAGCUGCACUGCUAAAAAUUCCAACUGCAAGGAUUGCACUUAUUCUCAAGGUAGCUGCAUUAUGGACAAGAAUGAUCUGGGCAACCUUUGCCAGAGCACCAAGAAGCACGUGGGUUGGUGCUAAGAGACUUAUAAUACUUUUGGACUGCUUUACGGACUUGACCUUUAUAGUGUGCUGUGUAUAGUUUUUAGAGCUAUAAACAGUUAAUAAAUAUUUUGCAGCUAUAAAUAUAGACUCUUGUAGUAUUAUAGAAAUGUUUAUUUUGUAGCUAUUAUGUCAAUGACGUAUAAACAUGAACAUUUGCAAUGUGAAA